CAUACAUUCACAAAUUACAGGCAGAGAGAGAAAGAGUCACAGUCACAGACCGAAACCCCAAAAGGCCAAAUCCCUAAAUUCACAUUUCCAAAUCCCAAAUCCAGAUUUCCAGUUCCCUUUUGUAGGGAGUCUCACCGUGGCUUCUUCAGGUUCGCCGAGUUUGAGUCGAAGAAAACCCUCCAACUCUUCUGCUCCGUCGUCUUCCACAGAACCGGGUCGGGUCGUGGGGCGAGUCACAGUACCCAGGCGGGCUUCGGAGCCUGAGUUUCCCUUCUGGCAACAGAACUGGUUCAUAGCAUUACUCUUUGUUAUGGCGAUGGGUUUCUUCUGCCUUGCUCUGUUCCUCAUCUUCGGCCUCGAUCUCGAUACAGGCUACGCUGCUUCCGCUUCUACCUCCGAGGGCGUCGAGGUGACGUACGGGACUGUGCUGAAGCUGAUGCACGAGAAGACCAAGUUUCGCCUGCAUUCCCACGACGUGCCGUAUGGUUCCGGUAGUGGUCAGCAGUCUGUCACUGGUUUUCCCAACGUUGACGAUGCAAAUAGCUACUGGAUUGUUAGACCUGAGCUCGAAACAGCUGCCAAGCAAGGUGAUAGCAUUCCAAGUGGGACAAUUAUCAGGUUGCAGCACAUGAAGACUAGGAAAUGGCUGCACAGCCAUUUGCACGCCUCCCCCAUAACUGGCAACCAAGAGGUGAGCUGCUUUGGGGGAGAAUCUGAAUCUGAUACUGGUGAUCACUGGAGGGUUAUGAUUGAAGGGAGUGGGAAGACCUGGAAGCAGGAUCAAAGGGUUCGAAUUCAGCAUGUCGACACAGGUGUUUAUCUACAUAGUCAUGACAAGAAGUACACCCGCAUUGCCGGGGGACAGCAGGAGGUUUGCGCUGUCAGAGAAAAACGCGCGGACAAUGUUUGGUUGGCAGCUGAAGGCGUGUACCUCCCGGUCGGUGAAACCAAGUAGAUUCUAGUAAUUUAGGAUGAAUCACUCUAUAAAAACAGGUAUACGGGUUUUGGAAUUUUUUUGGUGGCUGGUACCUGGUCCCAUAAUAGUUGUAGUAGAUGUUGUCAUGAAGGAAGAUAUGUUUUAAGAUUACAAUGUUAUCUGAUAUUGUCAAUGUUGUUUUCCUCUGGAACUUUCCCCUGUAUCUUGUGCUCUAUCGUUUUAGUGAUUAAGCAAUGAUUAAGUGGUCAGCUUUAGCUGAAUUAAUGAACUGUGACAUAACACAA